CACACACGCUGCGUGGGGUGUGUGGAUGGCUACCCCUCCGCCACAGGCUAUUCCGCUUGUAGCUAGCAAUGAUGAGGUAGAGAAGAAAGAGGUUAUGAGUGCUUCAGAAACUGCCUUGCGCCUGCUGCUGGCCGGUGCAGGCGCAGGCGCCGUGACCAAGACCUGUGUCGCCCCGCUCGAGCGGGUCAAGAUCAUCUUCCAGGUCCAGGGCAUGGCCCGGGUGGCGGGAGCUGGGGCUACGGCCGGGCUUACGGCGGCGGCUGGGGCUGAGGCUGGGACUACUUCUGCGGCGGGGGCGGCGGCAGGGGCUCGGGCGGGGGCGGCGGCUCCUGCCAUGUACGACGGGGUCAUCCCCACUCUGGUCCGUCUCUUUCGUGAGGAGGGCGUGCGCGGGCUGUUCCGCGGCAACGGCGCCAACGUGGUGAGAGUCAUUCCCGUCUACGCGCUCAAGUUUACCCUCAAUGACGAGUUCAAGGCCAUGUUCAGCCCUACAGAUGGCUCAAAGCCCUCGUUCGCCACCCUCGUCGCCUCGGGCUCGCUCGCUGGCCUCGUCCAGACCUCGAUCACCCAUCCCAUCGACACUGUCCGCGCCCGCCUCACCAUGCCGGCCUCGCUCGGCCACUACAAGGGAAUCGUCCACUGCGCUACAGAGACCAUUCGCUCAGAGGGCUUCGCUGCUCUCUACAAGGGCUUCCUCCCUACCAUCGUCUCCGCUACCCCGUACGUCGGCCUGCAGAUGGGCAUCUUUGGCCAGCUCAAGUCGUGGCUCGACGCAGGCCCCGGCUCGGCCUCGGUCGUCGGCAAUCUGCUCUGUGGCGCUGGCGCAGGCCUCAUUGCCCAGUCGGUCACCUUUCCAGGCGACGUCGUUCGUCGGCGCAUGCAGCUGUCGGGCAUGGGCGGCGCCCAGCCGCUGUACCCGUCGACUAUGGCCUGCAUCCGCCACAUCGCCAAGCACGAGGGUGCAAAGGCCUUUACCAACGGCAUGGGCGUCAAUGCCAUUCGCUGCCUCCCAGGCGCCGCCAUCCAGUUUGCCGUCUACAACUACCUCCGCGACGUCCUCAACAUUCAGCCUCACUAAAGGCCUCUUCCACGC